AUGGAAGCGGCGCAUGAUGAGUGUAAAACAAAAUACGAAAGAAAGCGACGACUCCAUAAAAUUUUCCUGCAAGACAAAAAAGUUUCCAUCAUCGGACUCGACAACAAAAUACCAUCAAAGAGCGAUAGAGAGAACGACACCAUUUCGCACUGGUUUUUUAAACUUGGAAUGUGCAAGAAACGUCAUUUGAUCGAAUGGACAAUCACGAAUGAAACAAGAUUGUUCAUGUAUCGAUAUAACUUACUAACGGAGGAAGGAAAAAAGAAAUUUCUCGAGGGACGACUGAACCUCUGGAGUUUCUUCUACAACAGUGGCCUACCGCUUGAGCAAGCGAAAAGAUAUUCAUUGGAGAAGAUGACAAAGAACGUAGAGAGCGAAGGAAGAAUCAAAUAUUAUAUCGAGCAUGCCUAUGGAAGAAAAAGGCUCAAUAUGCCAAUAAGAAAUUACACAUGCGAAGAAAAAAUUGCCAGCGAAGUGCAGUACAGAUCCUAUCACCAUUGUCCAUUCAAGGAAAAACGAUACCUACGCCGUAACUUGCAAAAAUGGAAAAUGGAAGCCGGAGACAUCGAAGACAUCUGUAAUAUGCAACUAACAACAACUAGCAAGACCAUGUGCAAAUUUGUUUUUCGACGCAUCCAUGCUGGACUUGGCAACGAAGAAUUCGUAGAUUACAAAUCGCCAACAGAAUAUUUCGAAGCCAGUAUUGCCCUAACAAAAGGCAUUCACGAUGUUCAAUUAAAAUAA